AUGAAUGUCAUAAGUAAAGAUCACAUAAAUAUCAGUUUAAUGAAAAGAAAUUGUAUAAACGACGAUAGAAUGGACGCCGUUAUAAAUAAUAAUGAUAAGAAUGAGAUAAAUAAUAAUGAUAUAUAUCCUAAUUUAUGUUUUACAAAUGAAAUAACAAAUGAACAAAUUUUAUACAAUGGUAAACAAGAUAAUAUAAAUACAGCUGACCCUGAUUAUAGCAUAAAUAAUAUAAAUAUAGUUGAUCCUGAUUAUAGCAUAAAUAAUACGAAUAUAGCUGACCCUGAUUAUAGCAUAAAUAAUAUAAAUACAGCUGACCCUGAUUAUAACAUAAAUAAUAUGAAUAUAGUUGACACUGAUUAUAGCAUAAAUAAUACGAAUAUAGCUGACCCUGAUUAUAGCAUAAAUAAUAUAAAUACAGCUGACCCUGAUUAUAACAUAAAUAAUAUGAAUAUAGUUGACACUGAUUAUAACAUAAAUAAUAUAAAUAUAGUUGACACUGAUUAUAACAUAAAUAAUAUAAAUAUAGUUGAUCCUGAUUAUAACAUAAAUAAUACGAAUAUAGUUGAUCCUGAUUAUAACAUAAAUAAUACGAAUAUAGCUGACACUGAUUAUGACAUAAAUAAUACGAAUAUAGCUGACACUGAUUAUGACAUAAAUAAUAUAAAUAGUGAUAUUAAUAAUAUACCUGACUGUACAGGCAGAGAUGAAGAAAAUAAUUCUUAUACAAAAAAAAAUACAAUAUGCAAUGAAUUAAAUCUAGAAAAAAGUGAAGAACUUUCUGAUGAUAUAAACAUAGUAUAUUCAUAUGUAGUCAAUGAUUCUAAAAGACAAAUGAAUUCCAACAACGAAUUAAUAUCUAUUAAUAUAACUAUAGAUGAAGAUAAAAAAUAUGUAUUAAGAAAAAAAAUAAAUAAAUUACCUUUUUUCAGAUAUGGGCAUUUUUUAUGUUUAACUAAAAAUGGAUGUAUAUUAGCUAUCGGGGGAACAGAUGGAAAAAAAAAAUAUGCUCUAAUAGAAAAAUAUUGUCAAGAAAAAAAAAAAUGGAAACAAAUAAAUUUAAUGCAUUUUUCGAGAUCAAAUUUUUGUGGUAUAUGUACAGGGGAUAAUAAUCUUUUUGUGUUAGGGGGAGAAGGUAAUCAGCAUAUAUUAAAAAGUGUUGAAUAUUAUGAUAGCAAAAUAAAUUCGUGGAGAUCUUUACCCCCUCUUAAUUGUGUUAGGCAUUCGGCUAGUGCGAUUAUUUUCCAUAAUACAAUUUUUAUAAUUGGGGGAAAAGAUGGAAUUGGAAAUUAUGGAAAAGUUCAUAAAAGUGUUGAAAUGUUAAAUUUAAAUGAAAAAAACAUGAAAUGGAAAAUGUGUAAAUCGUUAAAACAAGCUAGGCUCGCAUUGGUCGCAAUAGUAUUCGACAAUAAAAUAUAUGCUAUAGGGGGAUCGACCGGAGUGAAGGAUCUCAAAUCAGUAGAAAUUUACGACUUUAAAAGAAAUGAGUGGAUAGAAGGGCCCAGUUUAAAUUUUGCUCGAUCAAAUUUUGUCGCAUUUCCAUGGAAAAACCACCUAGUUGUUUAUGGGGGAAUAAAUAAUACCAACGGGGAAUCUUUAAAUUGUGCUGAAAUACUAAAAGAGAAAACAAACCGUUGGAUGGUGUUAAACGAAAUAUUGGAAAAUUAA